UAGUCACUUCCUGCAGGAGCAUCCCUGUGGCAUGCAAUUCAUGUUUUGUUUGCUUUUACACUGCAGUUUAAUGAGAAUUUUACGCACAACUGUGAGGACUGUGUCUGUGAUAAGGCCAGGAUGUCAGUCAUCUGUGAACCCAAGAAGUGUCCCGAUGUGCCCCCUGUGAACUGCACUGAGCCCUUCAUGGUGGUCAAUGUCACCGAUCCAUCAGAGCCAUGCUGCAGCAGACAAGUUUGCAAUUGUAGCAUGUGCCCAUUUUCGGAGGAAAAGUGUGAGGUUGGAUAUGAACUGAUUGUGCACCCUUACGGAGACUUCUGUCCAGAAAUCAGAUGCGAGUCAAAAGAAGUGUGUGCCUACAACAACACAGAAUAUAAGCCUGGGAGUAAAAUCCACGUAGGGCCUUGUGUUAAAUGUAACUGUGAAUGGGACCCAUGGACUGAACUAUAUCAAAUGAAUUGUUCCUAUGAAGUUUGCCCUGAUGAUGAGUGUUAUGAGGGGUUUGAAUAUGUGAAACAAGAUGGAGAGUGCUGUGGAACAUGUAAACUAAUGAGCUGCAUUUAUUAUAGAGAGAACAACACUAAACACAUUCUUCAUGUACGUCUGACUACAUUCUUAAACUUGGUCUGUUGUUAAUUUAAUCAUACGUCAAAGUCUUAACAUACUCGGUCUGUCUUUUGUUAGGAUGGAGA